UUUAGCGAGGAAGGGCUGCAGUCGCCCUUUGCCCGGCCUGUGGCGGGGAUGUCAUUUCGUGUGACCGGCAGAUGGAUACCUGUUGCACAGGUGCGAAACCAUGAAAGCCGCCCAGAAGCCGGGCCAGGAGCCGGUUGCAUCUCUCCCUGCCCGGUCCUCGCUGCCCAAGCUGCUCUCCGCCCUUUUCUAUGGGACCUGCUCUUUCUUGAUCGUUCUGGUAAACAAGACAGUGCUGACAGUGUACAGAUUCCCAUCUCCAAUGUUUCUAGGAGUAGGACAGAUGGUAACCACUAUUCUCAUCUUAUAUGUGUCAAAAUUAAACAAGAUCAUUCAUUUUCCUGAUCUUGACAAAAGCAUCCCUACAAAGUUGUUUCCACUUCCUCUGAUUUAUAUUGGAAAUCAUAUAAGUGGAUUAUCAAGCAUAGGCAAGCUAAGUUUGCCAAUGUUUACAGUCCUGAGGAAGUUUACCAUUCCUCUUACAUUACUGCUGGAAAUUAUUAUUCUUGGGAAACGCUUUCCGCUGGGCAUUAUAAUCAGUGUGUUUGCAAUCAUUGUCGGGGCCUUAAUAGCAGCAGGAUCAGAUUUAGCUUUCAGCAUGGAAGGCUAUGUUUCUGUUUUGCUGAAUGAUGUCUUCACAGCAGCAAAUGGUGUUUAUACCAAACAAAAAAUUGACCCUCAGGAACUGGGAAGAUAUGGAGUAAUUUUUUAUAAUGCCUGCUUUAUGGUAAUUCCUACAGUUCUCAUCAGUUUUUUCACUGGAGAUUUCCAGCAGGCCACGAAUUUCCAGCAAUGGACAAAUGUUUUAUUUAUCUUCCAGUUUCUUCUUUCUUGUGUGCUAGGGUUUCUUCUGAUGUGUUCUACAGUUCUCUGCAGCCAUUAUAAUUCUGCUCUAACAACUGCAGUAGUUGGUGCUAUAAAAAAUGUGUCUGUUGCUUAUAUUGGCAUGCUGUUUGGUGGAGAUUACAUGUUUAAUAUGUUGAACUUCAUUGGACUCAAUAUCAGCAUGGCAGGAGGGCUGAGAUAUUCAUUCUUGGCAAUACGAGGACAGAACAAUCCUGAUUGCCCCUCCAUAGAUGAAGAAAAAGCAACUCCAGGUUCCAAGAGCUGACUGAAGCAGACAACAUGAAAAAUUACAAAGAUGCCAACUUAGGCAAAGAUAUUUCCUUAGACAGAAGAUCAUAACUGAAACAUAUAAAAAUGCACCUGAAAAUACACGUCCUAUAUUAAAACAAUCUUCAAUGUACACAAAAUAGUUUGCAAGCUUUUGAGUUUCCAAGAAUUGUUCAUGAUUAAAAAUCCAAAAAAGAAUAUUAAGGGUAUAUAAAAUGUGACUUUUGUUUAGGCUAUGUCUGCACCAAGCUUCAAAUGGAAUGUGAAAUGUUUUUUUGCAGACAUUCAAGAGCAUUCUGUCUGGUACAAAAGUAGCAUUAAUUAGCCUGUACCCAAAAUUUGUAGGAAGUAGAAAAGAACAAAUAUUUGUUGGCCUCCCUUUUUGAAAUACGUUAGAAAAGCUAGCUGCUAAAAUCAAAAAUAGAAACAGCAGACUGCUAAUGUAAUUUGUAAUUUAAACUAACUAGCAAGUUUUGUAAUAGAUGGCAGGGGUCAAGGAAUCUUCACUGAGAAUCUAUAAGAUUGACCAAUUUAAAUGAGCCUUCAGUAAUCCAGUCCUGUUGAUACCAUAGAUGUUGAUAUAAAUAUAACACUGUCUAUGUUUAUGGAUCCCAGCCAUUUUCUUUAUUUUGACUAGCUCUGGAUUGUAGGUUGCAAAAUAUUGGUGAUUCACUAAUCUCUUGAAUAUGCCUCCGAUUCUUAGAAAGAUGAGACUUGUCCAUGUCUCAAAGCAAGGCAUUGUAUGAGAUGUCCUUCUAAUUGCACCAAGCUUGAUAAUCUACAGGAAAUAUAAAUGUGUUAUUUGGAGAGACAGAAAUAGUCUUCCUAAAUCAAGUGAGACUUCCCAGAAAAUUACCCAUUCUAUUUAAAAGCCAACUAUGACCUCAUAAACAUUCACACCAGUUUGUAAAUGUCUAGACCUCUUGUGGCAACCAGAGACUUCUGAUGCAUUGCCCAUUGGGUAAUUUACAGAUUGAGCAUACAAAACUGGUACCUAAAGUAGCAAAUACAGGCUCCCACUUAAUCUCUGGUUCUUUAUUUCCAUGAAUAUCAUUGUGAAAUCAAAAGGUGCUUCAGUGUAUCUUUUGUUUUAUAAUCAUGGAUGGGUCAUCCAAAUUUCAACUCUUGAAUUAAGUACAAAAAGCCAUGAAUGAUCAACAGGCAAAGUCACUUGUGAUCCUAUAGAUCUAAUAGACUCUAAUCUAUAGUUAGAGUUAGUGAAAAUUCUAUUUUGAAGCUUCUGGAUUCUCUUCCCUCUAUAAUGGGUGUCAAACUCAAGACCCAUGGGCCGGAUGCAGCCUGUGGGUUGCUUAGAUCUGGCCCACAGGCCCAGCCUAGAAAUAGCAAAGAACCAUCCCGCGGUGCCCUUACUACUGAAAAUGGGGGAGGUGGGGGGCCGUUUUGGCUGCCAGAGUGCAGCAGGAGGCUGUCCAGGCUCAUAAUGGGGCAUGGGAGAGCCGCACAUGCCCCCCCCCCCAAUGCCCCUUUGGCUGUCGGAAUGUUUCCUAUGGAGUCAGUUUCUUGAUCUGGUCUCUCAUAGGGUGAUCAAGUAGAUCAAAUAUAUAUUAAAAAAAACAAAAUCACAGAAAUGUAUGCCUCUCUAUUUUUAUAAGUGUAUAAAAACCAUGUGUGUGGAACUGCGGUCCUGUGUUACGCCCACCAUGACCACACCUACUAUGACCACACCCAUCCUAGCCCCCCCCCACGGCCCUCCAAGGUCAAACACAACCAUUAUGUGGCCCUCAAUGAAAUCAAGUUUGACACCCCUGUC